AGCCUUGACGUCCGACGCGAAGGUGACCGGCUGGAGGGGGAAGAGAGAGGAGAAGUUACCUCCGCCGUCGCCAUGUUGUCCGUGGCCGCCCGCUCCGGCCCGUUGGCCCCUUACCUCUCGGCCGCCGCGCACGCCGUCCCGGGCCCGCUGAAGCCCUUGGCGGCCGGGUUGGCUCCGGCGGCCUCGAAGCUGCCGCUGGACCCGAAGCAGCCUCUGCUCUGCCGGGAGUCGCUGCGAGGCCAGGCCGCCCGUGGGGGACUCGUCGCCACCGCCAGCCUCAAUGCUCCUGCUAGCAUCCGUUAUGUCCACAAUGAUGUCACUGUGCCUGACUUCUCCGACUACCGUCGUCAUGAUGUAACAGAUGCUGCAAAAUCAUCCCAAGAGAGCAGUGAAUCCAGGAAAGUCUUCUCCUACUUUAUGACAGCAACAACCUGUGUGGCGACAGCAUAUGCUGCUAAGAAUGUUGUCACUCAGUUCGUCACCAGCAUGAGUGCUUCUGCUGAUGUGUUGGCAUUGUCGAAGAUUGAGAUCAAGCUCACCGAUAUUCCUGAAGGCAAGAAUAUGACUUUCAAGUGGAGAGGGAAGCCUCUCUUCGUGCGUCACAGAACCGCAAAAGAGAUUGAGCAAGAAGCUGCAGUAUCUUUGACUGAUUUAAGAGACCCCCAGCAUGAUUUAGACCGAGUAAAGAAACCUGAAUGGGUUGUCCUGAUUGGUGUUUGCACCCAUCUUGGCUGUGUACCCAUUGCAAAUGCUGGGGAGUUUGGUGGCUAUUAUUGCCCCUGCCAUGGGUCGCAUUACGAUGCGUCUGGCAGAAUCCGCAAAGGUCCAGCUCCAUUAAAUCUCGAGGUUCCCUACUAUGAAUUCCCUUCGGAAGAUUUACUCAUUGUGGGUUAAAUUUCUGGAUGCCUGGCGCUCUAUUUCCUGUAUGUAUGCAGAGGAACGAGGCUGGUGUUCGUGUAAUGUAUUUAAAAAAGAAAAGAAAAAUUGAGUGGAAAGUAUGGCUAACUGUCCCAAGUCACUGUUCAGAUCUGAUUGUUUGUGUACUUGGUCAGUUUUAAUAAAGGAUUAAACUGCUUUCCCAUAA